CUCCAUUGUGUUUCCCUUCCCAAUUGGCCCUUACUUUUCGCCGUCACUGCUCGUCGUACUCAACGAUGAGUACAAUGUCUGACUCUCAGCGGCAGAGUCUUUCACAUCCAUUUAUUUCUCAUCUUAUCGCUCUUUUGUCAACUUAUGAACUAUGUCCUAUGUCAACACCAUCUCCACAAUAUAACGGGCCUGCAGAUUGGCAAACAGGCACCAUCCUUCGCUCUCUAGGGGCGGUUGCACGUAGAAUGUACACUGCGGAGGAGACUCUGGCUUCAAUCAAAGCUUCUGAGUGUUGGCAAACAAAUGGGCCAGAGACACAGAAAACGCAGUGUAGGCGACACUCCCAUGUCAUCUCACCCGGGCCAGGAUCAACUUCUUGUUUUCAGAACAACUCCUCAAACCUCACACCUACUACUAUGGAAUCAGUUGAUGUCGACAUGCAGGAUGCCGAUAGCACGAAUGCUGUAGCCAAUAGCGAUCGCACACCAGUCGCCAAACCACACUCCGCUCGUGCAGAUUCGAUGUCCUUAUCACUCGACGGACUUCCAAGUCAUAUUGAUGCCGUGACACUCCUUCGGUCAUUCUCAAACGGAAGCUCAAGCUCGGCACCUCCUACAUCGCACAUCGAACACAUGGCCUGCCCAACGUGUGGGAAGGCUAUCACCGACACGUUGAUGAUGAGCCGAAUUAAUAGCAGCAGCUUUGAUGGCUCCCCUAGCGGAUCUCCUCUCGUCGUCCCCCCUAGUCCUCUUGCUGCUGCGGCAUUCGAAAGCGGCAUGAGCGCCGUCGAAGAACUAAGGUUACUCAAGGCUCAGGUUUCAGAUGUCGCUCGUGUUUGCAAUGCUGUGGCCAGAGGUGACUUGUCCCAGAAAAUUACGGUUCCUGUGCAGGGUGUGGUCAUGGUUCAAUUGAAGGACGUCAUAAACACUAUGGUCGACAAAUUGGGACAAUUUGCCAAAGAAGUCACUCGUGUCAGUCAAGAAGUCGGUACAGAAGGUAAACUCGGUGGACAAGCUCUCGUGUUGGAUGUCGAAGGUACUUGGCGGGAAUUGACUGGCGUCGUCAAUAAAUUAGCUGCCAAUUUGACCCAUCAGUAAAUUCCGGGUUUUCCUUUUGACCACUUAUAGCCCUUUUUUUCCCACCCAGCCCCGCCAAUAGAUGUAAAAUACUUUACAAAUAUGUUCCGCAUAUUACCCUCCAGCAAAUCCGGCAAUGUCUCUGGUGAUAACCACUUUAACGCAUUCGACACAAGACAUGCCACCUUUGUCAUCCUGUGUGUUGGAAAGUCCACGCCACACCCGAAAUCAUCGUCAUCCACAAAAUGUUCAAGCACUUCCAGAUGCUCAUGCGACCUGGGGCGUUGACUCCCAGUUGUUUAUAGGCAAGCGGCAAAGCCGGUCCUUCGUUUGCUCG